CGGAGCGGAGGGGGGGGGGUUCACCGGCAACGGAGGAACAGCCGCCAGCAGCUGCCGCCCUUCCUCUUCUCAUCCCCGCAUAGUCGCAAAGGAAGGUGCAGAGCGAAGCAUGGAUGGCGCUGAGAGCCCGGACGCAGCUCCUGCCACCUCUUCCCCCGAGGAGCUCCGCUCUGCCCUGACCCUGACCAAGGGGCUCUCCAUCUUCCUGGAUAUUCUGAGAAGGGCAGAUAAAAAUGAUGAUGGCAAAUUGUCCUUUGAUGAAUUUAAGACUUACUUUGCGGAUGGAAUUCUGAGCAUAGAGGAGCUUCACCAGCUGUUUCAGAAGAUUGACAUACACAAUACAGACAACUUGGAAACUGAAGAACUAUUUGAAUAUUUUUCCCAGCAUCUGGGAGCUUAUGAAAGCGUCUUAUCUGCUUUGGAAGAUCUCAAUGUAGCCAUACUGAAGGCAAUGGAUACUACAAAGAAAAAUUAUCAAGAGGCUUCUAAGUUGGAACAGUUUGUGACUCACUUCUUGUUAAAAGAAACUCUGAAUCAACUACAGUCUCUGCAUAAUUCCCUGGAAUGUGCCAUGGAAACCACAGAAGAACAAACCCAACAAGAGCAGCAAGUCCCAAAGAAGCCAGAGCUGCUCAAGAUACAACACCCAGGAAGACGUUCAGGUCGAAGGCUCCAGAGAAAUAAUAGUUUUUCUCCAGUUAGUCCUCUUUUGAACCCAGGUUUGCACAAGGAGGAUAACCAUUGGAUGACCCAAAUAAACAGACUUCAGAAGCUGAUUGAUAAGCUAGAACAGAAGGACCUAAAGCUCGAGCCACUAGAAGAAGAGGUUUCAGAAGGAAAUACUAAAUCUCAACUAAUGAUUGUUCAACGUCAGAUGUCAGUAAUCACAGAAGAACUAGAGCCAUUCCGCUUUGCUCUAAAGCAGUAUGUAGAUAUGGCUUCUUCUCAGGAUGGAUGUCUGCAUGUUUCCAUCCAGAAACUUUCAGGCAAAUCCUGUUUCAUUGUUUAUGAAUUUUGGGAAAUUAAUGCUUGGAACAGCCAUCUUCAGAUGAAUUAUAGCAAGUCAUUCCAAAGAAGUAAUGUAGAUUGCCUGGAGACUCCAGAACACAUUACAACUAUGCUUGUUCCUGCUUCUUGGUGCAACCUGAACAACUAGAAGUACAUACUUCUUAAAAAUAGGCUCUGCGUUAAACAGCGUCCAGAGAACAAUCAUAGUCUCUGAGGUUAGCAAAUCAUGACUAUUCUUUCAUUGAUAGAUUCUUCCAUUUAAAAAAAAAAUCCAGUUGUAAAAUUUGUUGAUUAAUAUUUUAUGAAAUGCUACAAAUUCAUUUUAGUUUCAUGAUUCUCUUUUUAAAAUAUAAUAUUGCGUUGCUUGUGUUUACUAUGUGCAUUUCUCUUUUGUAAAGUUCUCUGAAAAUUCAUUUCUACCAUCAUGUUUGACAUUGUUAUCUCUGUCUACUAAAUUGGUGUACAGUGAUGUUAGUCAGAUGUGUAGAGAAAAAGAUCUGUGAAGAAACUGAAGUGCUUUUACUGUUUUAUAUUUAUAGUCAGAGAAAAAGUUUCAUUAUGUUUAUAAAUAAAUCUAUAAGGAAUAGAUAUCUUGACAUCAGACAGAAUAUGAAUAUAUAUCCUUGUAUGGAGAUGAUAUGAUGUUUUUGGCUGAAAACUUGGAUAAUUUACAAUUAAUGUUAAACUAUAUGAUGCAACAAGGAUCGUGGAUCUGAAAAGUAAUCUAUUAAAAACCAAGAUAACUAUGUUUGAUAAAGAAAAUGGAACCGAAGUCAGAACCUCAAAAGGAGGCAGGAAGACACUACUGUGUAUGGAAGUGCAUGAAACAAAAACAGUUUGCAAACACAACUAUGGAAAGAUAUUGAUGUCAAUUAGAAUUGGCUGUUUUUCUUAUCACAUACCUUUAAUUUCUUUGUCUUAUUGUGUUUUAAUUUUCUUAGGCUUAUUGCGUUUACUCCUUUUUCACAUUAUGUAGAACAUUUUAUUUUGAAAGGGAAUAGUCUGAUAGAUAUAUAUGUAUGUAAACUUUCAAAUGCUGCUCUAUGUGAAAGCAAAUAUCUUUAGUUGCUCUGUACACAGCAACUAAAAAUAAACUUCACAAAAACAAAUACUAUUCCACAUUUACAGUCAUAACCAGUAACACAAGGUUCAAUGUUCACCAGAAAAACAUUAUAAAUGUAACCUAUUUGCAGAAUUUGGAAAAGUUUGAAAGCAACAAAAUACAAUGGUAUUUUAUUAGGUUAGGACACAGGUCGGCAACCUGCGGCUCCGGAGCCGGAUGCGGCUCUUUGAGCCUUCCCCUGUGGCUCCCAGUCUCCUCUGCCUUUGCAGAGAGAGACAGAGACAGAGAGAGGCAA